AUGUCUGGUCGUGGCAAAGGUGGAAAGGGUCUGGGAAAAGGAGGCGCCAAGCGUCACAGGAAGGUGUUGCGUGAUAACAUCCAGGGUAUCACGAAGCCCGCCAUCCGGCGUCUGGCACGUCGUGGUGGCGUGAAACGCAUCUCCGGGCUCAUCUACGAGGAGACCCGUGGCGUGCUCAAGGUUUUCCUGGAGAAUGUCAUUCGCGACGCUGUCACGUACACUGAGCACGCGAAGCGCAAGACCGUUACUGCUAUGGACGUGGUCUAUGCUCUUAAACGCCAGGGUCGUACCCUCUACGGCUUUGGCGGCUAG